ACAUUUAUUCAGACAGGACGCUCUGAGACAACAUUGUCACUUAGAGGAGCUCGAGGGAGCCGAUGUGGAGGACGUCUCUUAGAGGAUUAUUUAAUAGAAGACCAAAGUUAAAAAUAUAGAUCAAGGUUUAUGUGACUUAUCUAUCAGAAUUAUAACUUUACAGCUUAGAGAAUCAAUAUAGGUUUAUAGCCGAGAGAGUCAGCUGGUGUUCGUGUCCCGUGAAAGAAAAGCAUUCUGCUGCUGGUCAGUUGUGAUGGAAGAAACAUGUCUGCUGCUCUAGAGGAAUACUGCGGCUCCAUUUUCUGGAAUGCCUCGUACCUGCAGCGUCCGGACCCGGAUCUGCCGAUAUGUGUGGAGCAAACGGUGCUGGUGUGGAUUCCUUUAGCUUUUCUGUGGCUUUGCGCUCCGUGGCACUUCACGACUCUCUGUAAGAAACCAGCCAAAGCUCCGCUCUCAAAACUCUACAUCUGCAAACAGGUUGUGGCUGGCCUGCUGCUUCUGACGGCGGUAGCGGAGCUGGCGCUCACUCGGGAGGAUCAUGGGCCGUGUGAUUCCACAGCUCAGAAACAUCCAGCGGUGCUCUACACCAAUCCGGUUCUGUUCGCCGUCUCAUGGAUAGUUGUGAUGCUGUGCCAGGAGUGUGUGCGGCGCAGACCGAGAUCUGUGGACUCCGGGAGUCUCUUUGUGUUCUGGCUGCUUCAGUUGUUGUGCGCCGUCUUCCAGUUCCAGACCUUACUGAGAGCCGCACUGAACAAGGAAGAAAUCGAUGAUGUUCCGCGGUUCUGUCUGUUCUACAUCAGCUAUGGACUGCAGCUGAUCGCUUUGGUUUUAUCAGCCAUCGCUGAUGUUUCACCUGAAGUUAAAAGAAUUUCAAAGAUGAAUCCUGAAGCCAAAGCAACGUUUCUCAGCAGAAUCACCUUUAACUGGUUCAACAGCAUGGUAAUCAAAGGCUUUAAGAGGCCUCUGGUUCAGGAGGACAUGUGGGAUCUGAAUGAGAAGGACUCCACUCAGACGAUCUGUCAGGAGUUUGAGGACGUUAUGGCCAAAGAGCUGAAAACCCGCAGCAUCCUGCAGAAGAAACAAAAUAAACGAAAGAAUAAAAAUGAUCAUCAGAACGGCUUGGCCAAGGGAGUCAGUCAGGACGUUCUAGUUAUGGAGGAGACAGGAAAGAAGAAAGAAAAGAAGAAGAAGAAAAAGGAUUCUGAAACCGACUAUCCUAAUUCCUGGCUGGUUCCCACCAUUGCUAAAACCUUCAAAAGUGUGCUUUUAGAGUCGGCCCUCUACAAACUGAUACAAGACCUUCUGGCAUUUGCAAGCCCACAACUUCUCAAGUUAAUGAUCUCCUUCACUCAGGACAAAACGAGUCACGUAUGGACUGGUUACCUGUACGCCGUGCUGCUUUUGGUGGUGGCUUUUUUACAGUCGGUUGUUCUACAACAGUACUUCCAGCGAUGUUUUAUCUUGGGUAUGAAAGUACGCACAGCUCUCAUGGCUGCCGUUUAUAAGAAGGCAUUAGUCGUGUCUAAUGACUCUAGGAAAGAGUCGACCGCUGGAGAGAUAGUCAACCUGAUGUCAGCGGACGCCCAGAGAUUUAACGACGUCACCAACUUCAUCCAUUUGCUUUGGUCGUGUCCGCUGCAGAUCGCUCUGUCCAUCGCGUUCCUCUGGAUUGAGCUGGGUCCUUCUGUCCUGGCCGGUCUGUUGUCCAUGGUGCUGAUGGUGCCCAUCAAUGGCUGGCUGGCCACCAAAUCCAGGGGCUUCCAGGUGGAAAACAUGAAAUUUAAAGACACGCGCAUGAAAAUUGUGAAUGACAUAUUGAAUGGAAUAAAAGUUCUGAAGUAUUACGCCUGGGAAUCAUCUUUUGAGGCUCAGGUUCAGGAGAUUCGGGAGAAGGAGCUGAAGGUGAUGAGGAAGUUUGCCUACCUCUCAUCGGUCUCCACCUUCAUAUUUUCUUGUGCUCCAGCUAUUGUGUCUCUGGUGACCUUCGCUGUGUUUGUGUCUGUGAGUCCCAAUAACAUCCUGGAUGCAGAGAAAGCUUUUACCUCCAUCUCCCUCUUUAACAUACUGCGCUUCCCACUCGCCAUGCUUCCACAGCUGAUUUCCAUCAUGGUUCAGACCGCUGUUUCUAAGAAAAGACUCGAGAAAUUUCUGAGUGGCGAUGAUCUGGACACAAUGGCAGUAACGCGUGACGACAGCCACACUGCCGCCGUGAGCAUGACUGAUGGCACAUAUGCCUGGGAAAGAGACACAGAACCAGUUCUGAAAAACGUCUCUCUGGACAUUAAACCGGGUCGUCUGGUGGCAGUGGUUGGGGCUGUGGGGGCUGGAAAGACGUCGCUGAUAUCCGCUUUGCUGGGAGAACUGCACAGCCUCAAGGGUCGCAUUAAUAUCAAAGGGUCUGUAGCGUAUGUGCCGCAGCAGGCCUGGAUUCAGAACGCCACUCUGAAGGACAACAUCUUGUUCGGCUCUAAUCUGGAUGAGGAGCGUUACCUGUCUGUGUUGGACGCGUGUGCGCUCGGGCCAGACCUGGAUCUUCUGCCAGGAAGAGAUCAAACUGAGAUUGGAGAGAAGGGCAUCAAUCUGAGUGGGGGACAGAAACAGAGGGUGAGUCUGGCCAGGGCAGUCUACAGCUCCGCAGACGUGUACCUUCUGGAUGACCCACUGUCUGCUGUAGACUCACAUGUGGGAAAACAUCUGUUUGAGAGGGUGAUCGGACCCAAAGGACUGCUCAAAGACAAGACUUGUAUCCUGGUAACACAUGGAAUCAGCUUCUUGCCGUAUGUAGAUGAGAUCAUUGUGUUGGUAAAUGGGGUGGUGUCCGAGGUAGGAUCAUACAACGGUCUUCGAGCCAGUAAAGGAGCUUUCUCUGAAUUCCUGGAAACGUACGGCAAAGAAGAAAGCAGGAAUGCUGAUGCCAGAAAAGCAUCAGCUCAGGAGUCGGAGUACGAGCAGAUUGAAACACUGCCGGAGGGUUUGGAGCCACAGGCCGAUGGCUCUCCUGAGGACAUUGUCUCAAGCACACUAAAGAGAGAAAACAGCCUGCGCCACAGCCAGCGGCACAGCAAACGAAAUGGAAGUGUGAUAGUGAGGAAAAACAGCUCUGUUCGAUCCAAAAAAGACUCCAGCGAUAAGAAGGGACAGCGACUGAUUGAGAAAGAGGCGAUGGAGACAGGAAGGGUGAAAUUCUCAGUGUAUCUUCAGUAUCUGAGGUCUAUGGGCUGGUGUUUCAUCACCUGGAGUUUUCUGUUCUACUUCAUCCAGAAUGUGGCCAUCAUUGGUCAAAACCUGUGGCUCAGUGACUGGACUGAGGAUUCUGUAGAAUAUUUCAACACAACCUACCCAGCUCAUAUUAGAGACAUGAGAAUAGGUGUCUUCGGAGCCCUGGGACUGGCACAAGGUUUUCUGGUGUUUUUUGGCACUAUACUCCUAGCUGAUGGAUCCAUUCAUGCAUCUAGGACUCUACACACAAAUCUGCUGUCUAAUAUUCUCAAAGUACCCAUGGUGUUCUUUGAUACCACACCUUCAGGACGAAUAGUCAAUCGUUUUGCCAAGGAUAUAUUUACAGUGGAUGAGAUGAUCCCGAUGUCCUUCAGAUCCUGGAUUCUCUGUCUUCUUGGAGUUCUAGGAACAUUGUUUGUUAUCUGUCUGGCUACUCCAAUCUUCACCGCAGUUGUUGUACCAAUGGCUGUUGUCUACUACUUUGUCCAGAGGUUCUAUGUUGCUACAUCCAGGCAACUCAGACGACUAGACUCUGUAUCUCGAUCUCCCAUAUACUCACACUUUGGAGAAACGGUAUCAGGCCUCUCUGUGAUAAGGGCAUAUGGACACCAGCAACGUUUCCUAAAGCAAAAUGAGGACACCAUUGAUCAGAAUCUCAAAAGUGUCUAUCCUUGGAUUGUUUCUAAUAGGUGGUUGGCCAUGCGUUUAGAGUCUCUGGGGAAUCUGGUGGUGUUUUUCGCAGCUUUGCUUGCUGUGAUCUCUCGUGACAAUUUGAAUAGUGGACUGGUUGGACUGUCCAUCUCAUACGCCUUAAAUGUGACUCAAACUUUAAAUUGGCUUGUGAGAAUGACAUCAGAAUUGGAGACCAACAUUGUCGCUGUGGAAAGAGUGAGGGAGUACGCAGAGAUCAAAAAUGAGGCUCCAUGGCUCACCAGUAAUCGUCCUCCAGAUGACUGGCCCGCUGCUGGGAAUAUUAGUUUUGAUAACUAUAAAGUUCGAUACCGGCCUGAAUUGCAGCUCAUUCUCCAUGGAAUCACAUGUGACAUUGCAAGCACUGAGAAGAUUGGCAUUGUUGGUCGAACUGGUGCAGGCAAAUCCAGUCUGACCAACUGCUUGUUUCGCAUCAUUGAAGCUAGUGAAGGUCGAAUCCUCAUCGACGGUAUUGACAUCUCAACCCUGGGGCUUCAUGAUCUCAGGAGCAGACUUACCAUCAUUCCACAGGACCCAGUACUCUUCUCUGGGACUCUGCGGAUGAACCUUGACCCUUUCGAGAAGUCUAGUGAUGAGGAGAUCUGGAAUGUUCUGGAGCUGGCUCAUCUCAAAGAUCAUGUCAGGGGUUUGCCAACAGGACUUCAACACGAGGUCUCGGAGGGUGGAGAGAAUUUGAGUGUUGGUCAGAGGCAGCUGCUGUGUCUCGCCCGGGCCUUGCUCAGGAAAUCCCGUAUACUGAUCCUGGAUGAAGCCACUGCCGCCGUGGAUCUGGAGACAGACGAUCUCAUCCAGAACACCAUCCGCAGAGAGUUUUCCCACUGUACCGUGCUUACCAUUGCACACAGGCUCAACACCAUUUUAGACAGUUCACGGGUAAUGGUCCUGGAUUCUGGUAAAAUCGUGGAGUUUGAUUCACCCAGUGUAUUGCUUAACAACAAACAAGGACAUUUCUAUGCGAUGGCAAAGGAUGCUGGAAUCAGAGGAGGGGACACGAGUACACCUAAAAAUAUGUCUACUGACCUAUGACCUAGGUUUUUGUAUUUCUCUUUUAAAACUUUUGCUUGAGGACUUUUUGUCUUAAUGACCAAAAAGGAAGUGUUAAGGAAGUGUUAAGCAAUUACAUUAUUAUUUCUAUAUAAUGUUAUUUUUUUUGUUGAUGUGUUGACAUGGAUUUAUAUGUU